AUGCUCCACUACCGCACACAAGGUUACAACGGUUGUGCUGUCAAAUACUCUCCUUUCUUUGAUAAUCGGCUAGCUGUUGCAAGCUCAUCAAAUUUCGCCUUUAAAAUUGUAGGUGAGAUUGUCGCCAACCCCGCGGCGGAGCGUCCAUCAGUCGGCUAUGCGACUGGAAUGCUGACCCUUUGGCGCUUUACAAUCGCCAGUUUCACAACACAAGACUCGCUAUAUGAUCUCGCAUGGUCCGAACUGCACGAGAACCAAGUCCUCGCCGCGUCAGGCGACGGCAGCAUUAAGCUAUUCGAUUGCACAGCAAACGACUUUCCCAUCUCGAACUGGAAGGAGCACGGCCGAGAAGUGUUCAGCGUAAACUGGAAUCCAGUCGCAAAGGAUCGCUUUUGCUCAAGUAGCUGGGACGGCACCGUCCGCGUCUGGUCGCCGCAUCGCCCGCAGUCUCUUCUCACUCUCCCAACUCACAGCUGCACCUACUCCGCAUCAUUCUGCCCGCACAACCCAGACCUCAUCUCGUGUGUGACUUCGGACUCAUACGUGCGCGUUUUCGAUCUCCGCACACCGGCUUCCGCCUCCAACCACCUUGUCACCCAAAUCCCCAUCCACGCCGCUCCCUCGGCGCCUGCCAUCCCCGGCCCGCCAGGCGGGUCUGCCCCGGCUUCCGAAGCUCUCACUCAUGACUGGAACAAGUACCGUCCCACAGUUCUUGCUACGGCUGGUGUUGAUCGUGCUAUCCGGACGUUCGAUAUUCGAGCCCCACAACAAGGGCCGCUAGCCACUAUGCUCGGCCAUGAAUAUGCUGUCCGGAAAGUGGCUUGGUCGCCUCAUCUUUCUAAUGUCCUGUUGAGCGCUAGUUACGAUAUGACUUGUCGCGUGUGGAAUGACCGGUCAGAUGCCGGUCCAGGUGGGGAUCUAGAUAUGAUGCGCGCUGGUCCAGGUGGUCCAGUGGUCGGUGCAGAAUUGGGACGUAUGGGUAGACAUACUGAAUUUGUGAUGGGUUUGGACUGGUGCCUAUUUGGAAAUGAAGGUUGGUGUGCUAGCGUUGGCUGGGAUGAGAGUCUAUAUGUGUGGGAUGUACGAGCCUCGAUGACAUAG